AUGCCGCAAGCAUGGAGACCAUCGAUGAGUUCGACGCCUUCUGGCAUCGGCGGCAACACACUGCCACGAGCCGCAAAACGGCAGUCAAACAGCGCAAAAUCGAAUAUUCCUCGGUUCAAGAGACCCAAUCUGCCGCAUCAUCCGAAUCGUCCGCACUCAGCGGUUUAUUCGACAUUUUCGAAAAUCCAUCGAUCAGCGGCCACAGCCACUUCGUCGUUGGUUGCUGUCGACGAUUUGACGACACCGAGAGCGUCGACAUUUCAAAUCAACCGCGCUGGAGUUGACGGGAUGUCGAAUGGAACGAGCACCGCCGAGGGCUCAAUGAGCUCUUCCAUGGUUAUGGAUAGCAGCGAGCCUCGUGAUGAUUCACCUACGGAAACUACAGAAUCAAGAGAUAUGGCGAUGGAGAUGCAGAAUCGCUGUAGGAUCGGAUCUACAGGAUUUCCACAUCUUGUGAAAGCCAAAAGAUUGAGAUUCUACAGGAAUGGAGACCAGUAUUUCAAGGGUAUAUCAUACGCACUACAAAGUGAUCGCGUGAAAAGUAUGCAACCAUUAAUGGAAGAUCUCGUUAAAACAGUGUUAUCUGAUUCGACAUCACUUCCGCAUGGCAUUCGGUAUAUUUUCACAAUUGAUGGCUCACAAAAAAUUACGAAUAUUAAUCAAUUCGAAGACGGCGGAGCCUAUGUGUGCUCGAGUACCGAUGUAUUCAAGCAAGUUGACUAUGCGCGAGCUGGAGAACCAAGUUGGAGGUUGACUUUGGCAAAUAGAUAUAAUCGGCAUUUGGAGACGAAAAAAUUGGCUCUGAGCGUUGUGGAACCAUCAAAUGAAAGGACAGAUUUUGUGUUUCCUCGAAUAAUAAAAGUGAUCAGGAAUGGAGUGAAACCGCGUAAAAUUAUUCGCCAUUUACUAAAUAAGAAGACUGCCAGAUCAUUUGAUCAAGUAUUACGAGAUUUAACUGUGAGUGUGAAACUCGAUAGCGGCGCAAUUCGAAAAUUGUUCGGAGUUAGUGGAAGACAAGUCCUGACACUCGAAGACUUUUUUCGAGAAGAUGAUGUGUUCGUGGCGUACGGAGGAAACGAGAAAAUGGCCGCUGAUGAUUUGCUUGUUGCUUCAGAAGAGCAUAAAAGUGUGUUAUCGGUGUUGCCGCGGUAUAAAAACACAAAUCGUCGUCGGAUGAUGCCUUCUAGAAACGAAUCUCUUCGUCUUGAUCGAUCUGGAAGUGUGAUUCCCGAUGAAGAUGCCCAACGUCUUCCACCAUCGUUAGACGAACAAUUCGAACUGAUCCGAUUAAUUGGCGACGGAAAUACGGCUGUUGUGUACGAAGUAGCCGACAAACGAACGAAGGAAAGGCGUGCGAUGAAAGUAAUUGCUCACGAAAAUGUCGUCGGUCAGGAGCAUCUGAUUGAGAGCGAACUCAAGAUUUUGCGGAAAAUUGAAAAUGACUUCAUAGUUCAAUUGUACGAUGUGUGGAUUGUAGAUAAUGCUUAUUAUCUAUCGCUUGAAUUAAUUGAGCUUGGCGAUCUUUUCGAACAUCUUCGACGUGUGAAACGAGUUUCCGAGCGAGACGCAGUUCGGAUAAUGUCGUGUUUAGGGCAAGCUCUUGAAUACAUUCAUAAUAUGAAAAUUGUUCAUCGAGAUGUCAAAUUGGAGAAUCUGCUGAUUGUUAAAGACAGUUAUGGCGAGAUUGGCAUUAAAUUGGCAGAUUUUGGUCUCGCCACGGAAAUGCCAGAAGAUUUCCAACAAUUGACGGCGAUCUGUGGCACCCCGACAUAUGUCGCGCCCGAAGUCCUCAAUCAAACCGGCUACGGACCAAAAAUUGAUAUUUGGGCCGCCGGUGUUGUUUUAUACGCGAUUCUUGUCGGAUUCCCGCCGUUCCAAAGCUCUGAUGGGACCGAGCAGGACCUUUUUGCUUCGAUUCAAUCUGGAGAGUUUGGGUUUCCAUCGCCCGCUUGGGAUGGGAUCUCAUGGUCGGUUCGUCAUCUGAUUACGUGUCUCAUUACACUUGAUCCUUUUGAUCGAUAUUCGGCUACUGAGCUUAUUCAUGACGAAUGGGUUGAGAAUUUGUGCGAUGUCGAUCCGGAAUAUGAAGAAUGGGCUCAGAUGAUUUUAUGCCGAAAAAUUCGAUUGAACGAGGAAGAAGAAACUCCCUAUGAGUAUUACACUUCAAGACGAACAUCGAUGGACGAACUCAGUGAAACUGGCCGCGAAUUCUCGUUCACUAGGUCUUAUAGUUAA